AAAGAAACGAGAUUUCAGCCGGCUUCGUAUUGCGCUUGAUUCAAUCAAGGAAACCAAAAAAAAACGCCUUGGCACCGGCAAGGGGUUCAGGCGUGAGUUUGACAGAUUCACCAACUCGUCAUAUCCCCGUCGUCAGGCUUUCAUUUUUUCCCACUUCACACCAUUUGUUAUGAGAGAUUGCAGGAUAAACUAUCUGCCUCCACAGAUUUUGUUCUUCUUUUGUUAUUAAUAUCGCGAGCGUCACACAGUUGGUAGCAUUUGAAGGUUCAACUCGUAUUCCCGGUUAUCACAUACACACCACUAUGGCAUACAAAGGCGCAUAUAAUCCUGAUGCACUCCCGGCGCAUGCGGAGCCAGAGCAGGCAGCACAAAUUUUAAGCGCAAGAGCCGCUCUACAGGAUCCAAACCGAGAGCGCGCCCCGCUCCCGCCCCCAAAAAAUGGCCCACAACCUCAUCAGCGCCGCGUCUCCCCUUCACCGAAUCCAGAACACCAUUCACAAAUACCAGCACAACAUAGCUACGCACGUGCAGGUAGUGGUGGGGGCCCCGGAGUCGUCCCCCCUGGAGCAGUACAAGCUGUUGCAGGGCCUCAUCGAAGAGGCGCCCCUGUUCCCAACAUGACUGGUCGGCUCCACUCCCCACCUCCUCAAAACUAUGGCUUCGGGCCUCCUCCCGCUCACCCAGCUCAGAACCGUCCUCCCCCCACCUACGGCCCGCCACGGAGUCCCCAACCUUUGGGGCCUGGCAUACCCCAAUCUGACGACCCAAACGAACUAUUCCCCCUCUUCCGUGCCGCCAAUGCAUCCAACUCAGGCGCCCUGUCAGAAACAGAACUGGGAUCCGCCUUAGUAAAUGCAGACUAUACCUCUUUCGACGCGUACACGGUAAAGAUGAUGGUCCGCAUGUUUGACAAAGACGGGUCUGGUAGCGUUGGGUUCGACGAGUUCGUUGCCUUGUGGCGCUUCCUGGCAGCCUGGAGAGAGCUAUUUGAGCGCUUCGAUGAGGACCAUAGCGGCCGGAUUAGCUUGCAGGAGUUUAGCAAAGCUCUGAUUGCGUUUGGAUAUACGCUUAGCCCACCGUUUGUAGGGAUGAUAUUUUCGACUUUUGAGAGUCGAGGGAGAGUUAAAGGGAAACCCAUGCCCGGGCAGAAAGACGGGAUGAGCUUUGAUGUGUUUGUGCAAGCCUGCAUUACCCUCAAGCGCAUGACGGAUGUGUUUAAACGGUAUGACGAUGAUAGGGAUGGGUAUAUUACGCUGGGUUUUGAGGAGUUUUUGACCGAAUGUUUACGCCUUCGAGAGUGAGACCUCAUGGUUGAAUUUGAACUAAUGCAUAGACUAAGUGCAUCUAUGGUGAUUAUCUACAUGCCUAAUAACUGGAUCUUUUACAUUACGUUGUGAAGUGUGACUUGAUUCUUCCGGCGAUACAAAUUCUUGGAUUUUUAUACAUGUUUUUGGGUUCUUUUAUAUAUCAUACCCAUGAUUGAAUGGAAUUUCCUAUAUUUAGAAAGGGGCGUAAACGGGAGAGGCAGAAAGGUACCUAAAGAGACGUGCAUACAUAUACAUGUAUACAAACCUCAUUAAAACCUUAAAAUGAUAAAUUUAGAUAUUUUCCCAAUGAGUCC